CCAAAAGUCCAAAAUUCAGUUCUGUCAUCAUUUUAACUUUACUUUUCACACAGCACAGAACGACCUGAACAAAAAAAAAUAAUUUUCUGCAAUUUUUACUGGAAAAACUUAGAUCAUGUCUCUACGACGCAGCACUCGCAUAAGGAAUCUGCGAGUUGCUGCCUCUCCCUAUGCCGCUGAUGCUCCACGGCGCGCUGAUUCUCCACGGCGCGCUGCCUCCGGCAUUCGUCGAUCACUGCAACGAGAGCCUACAGUCGGCGAUGAACCAUCUGAAGCUCCAAAUGUCGUUGCUGGACCCAGGAGUCGGAGCAGUGUCCGAACAACAUCUGUGUCCGUCGCGCACCAAGAGAACGGAGGACAGGGGCUGAACCGGGACCAGGACCAAGAACAAGGCCAGCGACGUAGCACCGCAGUUGGGCGUCUCUGCCGCGAGAUGGCCGAAAUAACGGCAAAUCCAACAGACGGGUGCCAGGUGGAAAUAGUAGAGGACGAUAUUAAGCACUGGUUGGCCACCAUUCUCGGACCUACCGGCACGCCCUACGAGGGAGGGCAGUUCGAAUUAGAUUUCUUUUUCCCAGAGAAAUACCCGCAUGUUCCACCUGAAGUGGCAUUUAGAACUAAAAUUUACCACUGCAACGUUUCCACUUUCGGCAGCAUUUGCAUGGACAUUCUGGCGGAGAAGUGGUCCCCGGUCCUGACGGUGGAAAAGCUUCUACUAUCCAUCAUGUCGCUGAUGUCAGACGCCAAUCCAGACGACCCCAUGGACUUGGAAAUGGCCCAAUUGUACAUCUCGAACCGCAAGCAUUACGAUCAAAAUGCCCGCAACUGGACUUCGCGUUACGCCACGCCUGCGAGUGUCUUCGAAUCUUUCUGAUACAGUACAUGGAUCAGUUCGGAGUUUAAAAUUAGUUUAUACAUACCAAAAAACACACAUUAUUAUCAAGAUACUCUUAUUGCUGUUGCUGUUACACGAACAAGACGAACAAGCAUAGACAAAACAUCACAAUUGUUGUAAUAAAUCCAAGAUACCUUUAGAUGCCCACAA